GUGUGCUGCAGGCUUGACUCCCAUCCCCCGCUGGCCUCCCGGGCUCUUCCUGCUUUUCCCUGCUGGUUUCUUCUGAGAGUUUUGCUCCUCCGGCUGGGACUGAAGCCGCCUUCCCUGCUGCGACGCCUCAGUCCGGCAGCGUCCAGCGAGGAGUGCGAGGUGACCAGAGGCGCGACGGGCGGGAACCUGGCGGUGUUCUGUCAGGCGCGGAGGCACUCUGCCUACCUCUUCUUAGCUCUUGGCUGCUGAGGAGACACUCCCUGUAUUUUCCAGCUGCAGGAUGUGUAGUAACUUUAAAGAUUGGCAGUGAUGAGUAAACUGGAAUUAAAGGAAGGCAAGAGGCUGGAGGUUCAAUUCGUGGGAGAUGAUGAUGUUCUUAAUCACAUUCUUGAUAGAGAAGGAGGAGCAAAAUUAAAAAAGGAACGAGCUCAGCUUUUGGUCAACCCCAAAAAAAUAAUAAAGAAGCCAGAAUAUGACUUGGAGGAAGAUGAGCAGGAAGUCUUAAAAGAUCAGAACUAUGUAGAAGUCUUGGGAAGAGAUGUUCAAGAAUCCUUGAAAAAUGGCUCUGCUGCAGAUGGUGGCAAUAAGCUUUUUUCUUUUCAGAACAGAAAACACUCUGAAAAGAUGGCUAAACUAGCUUCAGAACUAGCAAAAACACCAAGAAAAAGCGUUUCAUGCAAUCUAAAGGAUGAUCCCAUAAUAAUGAUAAACGAUCCUCAAAGUAGCAAAGGGCAUUCUACUUCAGACAAAAUUCAGUUGAAGAACAAUGACAAAAGUGAAUUUCUGUCAACAACACCUAGUGGUCUAAGGAAAAGAUUAAUGGUUCCAAGUUCUCGUUCUGACAGUGAAAGUGAAUAUUCUGCUUCCAACUCAGAGGAUGAUGAAGGGGGUGCACAGGAAUAUGAAGAGGACGUUAAUGAAGCCAUGCUGAGCCGAAAGAUUCAAGCUCAGAAUAGAGUAGUUUCAGUUCCUGUUUGCAAAGAAACAGCUUCUAAGAAAAUGAAAAGAGAUAAAACGAGUGACUUAGUAGAAGAGUAUUUUGAAGCUCACAGCAGUUCAAAAGUUUUAACCUCUGAUAGAACACUGCAGAAACUAAAGAGAGCUAAAUUGGAUCAGCAAACUUUGCAUAACUUAUUGAACAAAGUUUCUCCUUCCUUUUCUACUGAACUUAAACAACUAAAUCAACAAUAUGAACAGUUAUUUCAUAAAUGGAUGUUGCAGUUACACUUGGGGUUCAACAUUGUGCUUUACGGUUUGGGUUCUAAGAGAGAUUUACUAGAAAGAUUUCGAACCACCAUGGUACAAGAUUCCAUUCAUGUUGUCAUCAAUGGCUUUUUCCCUGGAAUCAGUGUGAAAUCAGUCCUGAAUUGUAUAACAGAAGAAGUCCUUGAACAUGUGGGUACUUUCCGCAGUGUACUGGAUCAGCUAGACUGGAUAGUAAACAGAUUUAAAGAAGAUUCUUCUUUAGAACUCUUCCUGCUCAUCCACAAUUUGGAUAGCCAAAUGUUGAGAGGAGACAGGAGUCAGCAAAUUAUUGGACAGUUGUCAUCCUUGCGUAACAUAUACCUUAUAGCAUCUAUUGAUCACCUCAAUGCUCCCCUGAUGUGGGAUCAUGCAAAGCAGAGUCUUUAUAACUGGCUCUGGUAUGAAACUACUACAUAUAGUCCAUAUACUGAAGAAACCUCCUAUGAGAAUUCUCUUCUGGUUAAACAGUCUGGAUCACUACCACUUAGUUCCCUAACUCAUGUCUUACGAAGCCUUACUCCUAACGCAAGGGGGAUUUUCAGGCUACUUAUAAAGUAUCAGCUGGAUAACCAGGAUAAUCCUUCUUACAUUGGACUUUCAUUUCAAGAUUUUUACCAGCAGUGUCGGGAGGCAUUCCUUGUAAAUAGUGAUCUUACACUUCGGGCACAGCUAACUGAAUUUAGGGAUCACAAGCUUAUAAGAACAAAGAAGGGAACAGAUGGAGUGGAAUAUUUAUCAAUUCCUGUUGAUAAUGGAACAUUGACUGAUUUCCUGGAAAAGGAAGAAGAGGAGGCUUGAAGCUAUCUUCUGUGGAAGGGUUGUUGUACCGCAGCUGCCACUUCUCUAGUCAAAGUUGUUGUGUUUACAUCCAACAUUAGAUUGUUUUUCCAGUGCACAAGAUUUACAAUUGGGACUAGGGGUGGGAUGUCAUUAAUUAGAACUUUUGAUUAGCCUGGCUGGUGUACCAUCUCUUGUACUAUGCAGCAAUCCUCAAGUUGGAGAAUUUGUGCCUUUCAUUCAUUACCUCUCUGGAGACUUCUUGCUGGAAUGAACAGUGUGCUCAGGGACUAUUUGGAAUGUUUUUGAAUUCUUUUAUACUAGAGAUAUUAUUCCUAAUUUUUGAGGGCCUCUUAAAACUCCCCGAGCUGAUUAUUUGCAAGUGUGCAUGUUCCAGAGUGUAGAAAUAUGAAAACAUGGGCAUCAAGUAAAUCUGUUCUAUUUGCUGUUCUGUAUGUUAGAACUGAUGAUUGCAGUGGAGAAGGCAGAUCAUCUCUUAACUGUUUCUGAAAUGGCUAACAAAAGGGGUAGAUUUGGAAGAAGCAUCCAGCUUUCUCCAUUUUGAUUUAGAUUACAUACUUGGGUUAGGAAGGGCAAGUGGCACUAUACUAUACUAUACACCCCCAACGCCAUCGUUGGGGGUGUAUAGGUGUGUACCUACCUUAAAAAGCACAUGAACAAUAGAUCAUGAAAUUCAGAAGAGUUCAUGUCUAUGUCAUCACCUUCAUGAUACAAGUGAGGAAGGAGCCAGGCUAGAGAAAUAAAAUCCUGAAUUACAUUUUAGUAAUUGUUUUCAAGACGAUAGAAAACAAAAAACAUUUCAGUAUUCUUGUAUAUUGGCAUAUUUUUUCUUUUCUUGAAUAAUAUGCAGGUGAGUAGCAUAUUAUUGGCUAGCUUUAAAUUAAUCUUGAUUUCUCUAUCAAGUAGACCUAACGAUAUGUAAGAUACUUCAAUUUUCCCUUAAAGUGAUUAUUUCAAGCCUCCUAAAUAUUUAUACAAGCCUCUUAAGAAAGAUAAAAUGCUCACCUUGGCCACUGUUGUCAGCUUAUAGUUUUUACGUACUCACUGAAAUAUUUCAACCUUGGAAAUAAAAUUCCUUGUUAAAAUAUCACUGUAUGUAAUAAAGUAUGUACUCAUCUUCACUUCUCACUCAUUUCUUGCCUAGUUAAACCCUUUCAUGGAAAUAUUUCCCAAAACACUCAGUUUUUUUUAUCAUUUCUUUGUGGUAUAUGAUUAAGUAAUUUUAUGUUAAAUCUAUUUAUUAAAGGUUAUGUCUUAAAUAUAACCACUAAUCAAAACAAACUAAUUUAUACAUGCACAUGGUUUAAAAAAAAUUUUUUAGUAGUACCAAAUAAUAUUCAAUGAGAAGUGAAUUUCCCUCUAAUAUCCUCAUCCCAUGAUCCUUAGGCAACCACUGAUAGCAUUUUAAGUGCUUCUCCAGAGGUAUUCUAUGCAUGUAUCUAUAUAUCUCUCCUUUUAAAAGUACAAGUGGUAGCAUAUGAUACUUCCUGGUUUGCACUUUGCUUUUUUUUUUUUUUUAAUGUCUAGUUUAUAACUGUUGCAGUAUAAGAAAAAAUAUACAAAAUCUUCAGUUGCCUAAUGUGCAAGAUUUUGCAUUUGUCCUAAAAUAUCUGCUGGUGUAUUUUUAUAAGUUUUGCAUCUACACUAUUUGCAAGCAGUGUGUCAGUAGUCUAUUGUUAAUAAAUA